AUGGCCGACCAUGUCGUAACCGAGGUGAAGGGACAGGAUUCUGGUGUGAAGCCGAGCAAUGCGCAGGUGAUUGUUGCGAGUAGCGAAGCAUCCACAGAUGAAGGCAGGAAUACGGGACAGCUAUCGCUCGUGCCGCUACGCAUGAAGCUCAUCUCUAUACUGCUCGUCACUGCAGUAGGCUUCGGUUCUCAUUGGAGCUCUGGCGUCACGGGGGCGAUGAAGAGUACGUUGAAGAAGCAACUGCACAUUAACAAUGCCGAAUAUGCGGUGCUGGAAGCGAGCGAAGACUUCAUGAAGACGGCUUUAAUACUCGUCAGCGGCCUUGUCACCGACAGAAUCGGUGGUGCAAAUGCCAUGCUCUACGGUAACGCCAUCUAUAGCGUCGGCGCCAUUUUCAUCGCAGCAGCAACUACCGUCCGUUCGUACAAGUUCAUGAUUUUUGGUGUCGUUGUUCAAGCAUUUGGCGACAUUGCAACGCAAGUCGCACAGUACAAGGUCUUUAGCUCCUGGUUUGCACCAUCGAAUGGCUUCGCCUCUACCUUAGGCUUCGAACUGGGCGUCGGCAAAAUUGGAUCGUUUGUUGGAAAAGCAACCGCAAACGUCAUUGCAAAAAAGACAGGCGACUUUAGCUGGGUUUACUGGACAGCAGUCUUCAUGAACCUAUUCACGAAUAUUGUGACCUUGAUCUUCUGGUUCUUCACCAGGUGGUGCCAGAAAAUUUACGGCGGAAUGCAAGAUCCCGCCACGGGCGAAAAGCUGACGGAGAAGAACAAAAAGUUUGAGUUUGGAAAAAUGUUACGACUCCCUUGGUCUUUUUGGGCCAUUGUCGUCUUCUCACUUUUCCAAACAAGCACUGCUGUUGUGUACUCGCAGAAUGCGACAGAGAUGGCGGAACAGCGCUUCGACAUUGAUGCCAUCACGGCCGGCUGGUAUUCGGCAAUGUCGCAGUACUUUGGAUUCUUUCUGGUACCCUUGAUUGGCAUGUUUGUCGACCUUUUCGGCAACAGAUUGACUCUUAUGCUCAUUUGUGGGCUAGGUAUGCUGCUGUCCAUGUGUUUGGCGGCAUGGGGUCCUUCCAUCGGUGGAACAGCUGCAUCAUUCGGUAUUUAUGCCGUCGCCUCCAGCUUCGGGCCAACGGUCAUUAUUGACAGUAUUCGGACGUCGAUGCGGUACCAGGAAGUCUUUGGCUCGGGCUACGCGAUCAAGAUUGCUGUCAACAACAGCAUGAGCAUCAUCAUUCGUAUUGUUACCGGAGUGGUACAAGACCGUGACCACAACUCUUACAACAACGUUGUUGUUAUUUACGUUGUGCUUGCAGCUGGUGCUGUGGUCAUCGCAAGCGCCCUCUUUGCAUGCAGCUUUUGGCACGUGGACGCACAGAUGCUGCAGUGGACAAGGAAGCAAAGGUCGAACAAUGGCAACAUGAUCAACGAGCGUAGAGAGGCAUCUGAAAUCGGCGAGGGUGGUGUGAAGAGCAGGAAGGUUGGGUUGGGCUUCUUCAUCGCUUUGAUAGUCCUCAUUCUAGGCUCUUGGGUAGGGUACUUCUGGGGAAUUGCAACGAGCAACAAUAGCUGA